AUGGAUUAUAUACAAGUAGUGUCCUUUACGGGGCAUCGAUCACUUCGUUUGGAACGCUGUGAUCCUCCCGGAAGACGCGAUGACCAUGUCGGCGUCGACACUUCGCCAUCGCAACGAAUAUGGUACCAAUGGCAUCAAAUAGCGGUUCCUGACGAAUGCCAAAGCGUGUCUACCAUCGAUGGUGGUGACUUAUCGGGGAACUCCGCUUCAAUACGUAGGUCACAAAUCGGGGAACAAACUCAGUCGCAUAUCGAUACCUUCUUACAGUCCAUCUCGCGUUAUUUGCACGGAGUAUCCAAUAAAUGGAAAGAAAAUGUCCAAUUAGUAGUGAAUGAAGAGUUUGAAGAGGCAGGAAACAAUAUAAUCACCGUUAUACGUGACUCGGUUGUUGCUCGUGUCCUUAAUAUCCUUUUGAGAGAGCGGCGAUAUAACCUACGUUGUGGGUUUUGGAUGUCAUCAGCAGAUCCUUCUGAAGCAUGGGAUCUCUGUUUGCAAUUGUGCCGCAAGACAUUUUGGUUAAAUGGAGAUAAUUCGGUCCAUGACCGAGACCGGAGGAUAUAUACUAUCGACCUCUCGAGAGUGGCACGAACGGUUAACACAGGAGGUCUAUCCUACAGCCUAUAUGGCGCUAUAUACUGCAGAUGUCGUACAUGUUGUAAUAUUGCUGCCCUUUUGAGAAGGGAUGAUCAUGGCGACACAGACCCGUUUCCAUCAUCUAAGUGGCUAUAUGACAUUAUUGAAAAACAUACAUCUGAGGUUCUGAUGUUUAUAGACCACAACAAACAUUACAACAAUAUUGAACACCAAUUGCUAUGCGUCUCGGUCGAUGCCUUUUUGUCAUAUCAACGAAUGAAAACGCUACUUGAGCGUUUGAAACAUGCUGACGAGGGAUCAAUAGAUACGUCACAUAACAACUGUUUUCAGGGAGAAUUAUCUUCUUCCACCUCUAAUGAAAAUUUCACUGCUAUGUUCUUAGACAAUUGGGACGAUAGUGCUGAUAACGUCUUAUUUUUGAAGAAGUUAUUGUCGGAUUGCGGUUGUUUUCUGUUACUGAAAGGCAGUGAAAUGCUAUUUAAGGCACUAGACGCCGAAUCAUCUAGAUUGAAUCGUUCUGCUCUUGUGGUGGACCUGUUGCUAGAUUAUAGUUCCAUGUGGGCUUAUAACGACUUACCUGUCUACCUUUUCUGCUGCUACGACAGCGAAGACUCCAACAAUUCACCUAAAGAGGACGUAUUUUAUGAUGUGGACGUUACAUCAGACAAUGAUUCUGGAGUGGAGUAUAUGUUGUCCAAGAUACGAUAUCUACAUUACCGUGUUAAUCUUUCACAUCUAUCUGCCGGCCGGGGGUUUGUGCAUGAACGCUAUUUGCGCCAGCAAUUACAAUUAGAUAACAACGAUGAGCGCGAUAUGUUAUUGAGUUACCUUGUAUCUCUCACUUCUAGCUACGAUAGACGCUGCCUAGGUACCAUAGUGCGUCUGGCAGCUUGCGAGUACAUGUCAGCGCUUUUUGAAGGAACUUCCCAUCUUGGUCUUCGUGACCCCCGUAUAUUCAGAGACGCAUCCCUAACAGCACGCUGUUUCGACAAGGCUGUUUGUAUUCGUCCUCCUGUGGCACUAUCUGUCGGUAUUCCGGGUUUGUGCGUGCUGCCGUACAGCUCCUCUCGACGCAUCGGUUCUUAUUGCGGCUUCCCACCCUUAAAAACGUCUUCUAAAGGUUCUAUCGAGAUAUGCCAGGGUUUUGAUUCGUUGGUUCUCGGUUCUUCACUGCGUAGCGAUCUUGACUCUUUUGUAUCGGAAUGCUUAACAAGUGUACCUUCGUCAUCUCCCCCGUUUGUGGUCGUCGAAGGUCCUUCAGGUUGUGGCAAGACACAGCUUGUAAUUGCACUAUCGCACGAGCUACGCAGCACUUUGAUACUAUCCAAUGUGACAGACUUUUUACGUCCUCAAGUGGGUUUAAGUGAGAAGUUGGUACACCAGUUUUUUUCGUCAUUAGAGCGGCAAUUCGCUUUCGGUUAUUCACAUAAAGGUUUCGUCUCUUCUAUACCACGUUGCGUGGUUGUAUUUGAAAACACCGAAUGUCUAUCAGAUGACAGUGGUUGUAUGCGUAGCUUGCUAUACUCUCUGUGCGCGGGACUAUCACGAUUCCGUGCCCAAUGGGAGUGGAAUAUGAGUUACACAGUGCUAUUUGUGUUUACUUGUACCGAGACCGGUCGUAUACCAGAGCGUUUACGUGAGGUUUGUUUGUUCCAGCUUAGUUUUUUGAUGGAAUGGCCCACAUUUGGAAAGGAAGUUGUAAAGCGUUGUUUCGAGUUGUACCUAAGGCAUCGAGGUUCACUUUUGGAACGAUUCAACGAGUUAUGGCCAUCGUGGUCCGUAAACGCAAGGAUCAUGGAGCUACGUCCUUGCGACAUAGCACUUAUCUGCCGUACCGCAGUUUUGUGGCAUGCGAGCGGCGUGCGAACACGAAUUUCAAUGGAUAGAAGUUUCGGUGCUUUGGCACUGGCGCUUUGCGCCGAUCCACAUUGA